AUGUAUUCCCAAUCAGAAAGGAGAGGAGGACAUACCAAACCUAACAAACCUAACAAACCAAAUUCUCUUAAUCCCCAAUUCAACAAUAAUGAUCAUAAAAUUCGACCGAAUAAUAGCAAUAACACGACAGUCAAUGGAAAAACAUUCAAUACUAGGCAAUCAUCUCCGACAAAAACAUUUUCAAAGUCCAAAAAUAUACUGAAACGGUUGGGGACAGGAAAGAAAGAUGACAAAGAGGGCGAAGAAGAGGAAAUAAAGAAUUACGAUAAUGAUAAUUAUGACGAUAAAAUAGAAUCUCGCAAGAAAAUUAUCAAAAAACAAAAGCCUGAUCAAGUUCAAAUAUUUUCUCUGCAAGAAAUCCAAGCAACUGGCCCCUUAUUUCCUAGUCCUGGGGCAUUGGGGUUCAAGAGUCGAAAUCAAGAUCAAACAAAUCUACAAACGCGGGCACGUCCAAUACCAAGAUACUUUCUUACACAACCAAAAUAUUUGGUUACUGCUCCUUUCGAACAAAAUGAAUGGGAUAGACAGAACCAAAUGAGGAUGGAUCAGAUGGAGGCGUCCAAUGGAGGAAAGGAUUACCAGGGUCUUUAUGAAGAAUUUCAAAAACUAAGAGAAGUUGAGAGAAAGGAAAUGGAGAAAUUGGGUCUUGUUGACGGAGAGAAUAUUGCCAAGAGUUUAGAUGAUGCAAUUGCGUUUCAAGGAUCUUGUCUUGAUAUGUGUCCCGUAUUUGAAAGAGUGCGACGUCAGUUGGAGAAUAAUGUUAAAGCGCUUGAAAAAGACCCUUACACAAAUAAGAUUUCAAAAGAGAAAGCGGUCAAGGCUUUUUCACGACCAGCUGCGGGCCAGCCACCUCCGCUUCCUUCCGAUGUUAGGCCUCCGCAUAUCUUGAGGAGCACUUUGAAUUACUUAGUUGAAGAGGUUGUUGACAAAUUACCUGAGGCACACUCUUUCUUAUGGGAUCGAACCAGGUCUAUCAGACAAGAUUUCACAUACCAAAACAGUUUUGGGCCAGAAGCAGUUGAAUGUAACGAAAAAAUUGUGAGAAUCCAUUUGCUCUCGUUACACAUCAUGGCUGGUAGUGAUGUUGAAUAUUCGCAACAACAGGAGCUUGAACAAUUUAACAAAGCACUUCAAACAUUGAUGGAAAUUUAUCAAGAUGUUCGAAACAACGGCGGGAGUUGUCCUAACGAAGCUGAGUUUCGAGCAUACCAUUUGCUAAGUCAUAUACGCGAUCCAGAUUUGGAAAGACAAGUUCAGAAUUUACCUAGUAGAAUAUUCAAUGAUAAUCGCGUACAAUUAGCUUUAGAAUUGAAAAAAUUGGCUUCACAGAAUAAUAUCGUGGAAAGAGGGGUCAAAAACAUAGUUGGUGCAUUAGACUUUUAUGUGGAAUUUUUUCGCAAGGUGUACAGCGACGAGACUCCAUUAUUGAUUGCUUGUCUUUUGGAAACACAAUUUAGCGAGAUACGGUUUUAUGCUUUGAAAGCCAUGUCAAGAAGUUUUCACUCAAAAAGCAAAGGUUACUCGUUAUCGAGGUUACAAGAAGAUUUGGGAUUUGCUAAUCAAGAGAAAUUAUUACUGUUUUUAAAGUAUUAUGAAAUUGAUAUAAUCCAGGAGAACAAUGAAAAUUUGGUGGAUUUGUUUAAUCAAGAGAAGUUGAAAAAUAAGUAUAAACUUAACUCAUUUCACGAUAAACCUAGACAUCCUCCAAUAUAUUCACCGCAAAUUGAUAACAAGAUUAGAGGUCAAAGUCUCAAACAAUUUAUAAAUGAGGGCAUUUCGAACGGGUCAUUUAAUUUGAAAGCGGACCAUUUCUUGCCGCAACCUGUACUAAAUCAUAAAUAUUUGGGUCAACUAAUACCCUCAACCAAUACUACAGUAGGUACACCAUAUGAUAUCAAAGUAGGUGCACAAGUGGGAAACCAAACUGGCACCGAAACUUUUCCAUCGACUUCAUUUACCUCAUUCAGCUUCACCUCUCCAUCCAAUCAACCUUUCAAAGUACCGAAUACAAUGCAGACUAUUGUUACAGAAACGCCUGAUUUUCAAUCGCAAAAGCCGUUAUCGUCAACAUUUCAGCCACUAUCUAGUUCUGGUCAUGGCUUGAAAUUUAAUAAUAACAUUCAAUUCAACAAUACUGUGAGUUCUGACGCUAUGCCAACGACUACUCAACGGUUUCCAACAGUUCCAACGACUACUCCACGGUUUCCAACAGCUUCAACAGCCCCAACAGCCCCAACAGCUCCAGCAGCUCCAGUAGCGCCUAAUUUUAAAUUCCCUACACCUUCUACGACUACCAAUAAACUGAAUUUAUUUUCUUUUGGUGAAAACCAAUCUCGAUCGAGAGUCCCAAAAUCCUUGUCUAUAAAUAAUUCUACGAUUGGGCUGCCUCAAACUGUUUCGGGCCAUCAAAAAUACUCCUCUUCAAAACCAGAUGCCUCAUCUUUUGCAAAGCCUUUACCUACGUCAAGUGAAAUUGCCUUACCACCUGCACAAGACACAAUGAAAGAAGAAAUUACACGUGAGAAAAUGGUGGAAUUUGGCUCUUUUACUAGUGGUUCAUCACUCACACAACCACCAUCAUCUUUAACGCAGACCAAACCACAAUCUCAUUUGCCUUUAGCCAAAACCACAAGGAAAAUACUUUCUGAUUCACCGUUGUAUUCGAAAGCGGUUGAGGCGACAUUGCAAAAAAUUGUCACAGAUUGCAUUGAUAACGAAUUGCGGAAUUUAUUACCAAAUAUUUUUCAGGACUACAAUGCCAAAACUCAGCGUGUGAAUAUGAUCAAAUCACUCGGUUCUCAACUUUUCGAUGCAUUUAUGAGUGAAAUCAUAUACAAUCAGUCUCAGGAAUGUUUGGCUGACCAAUUUUGCAAUUCGUUGACAAAAAAACAUGUAUUACAUUUGCUUGCGUGUAGUGCAGAGAGAAGAAUGGAAGAGUACCACAAGAAGAAGUUAAAGAAUGAUGAAUUGCGCGCAGUGUCAUUCCGGGUGACAAAGAGAACUUUAUCAAAAAAUUCUAAUAUUGAUGAUGAAGCUCCAACUUUGAAACGGCACAUGAAGGACCCAAUGAAAAUGAACUAUAGUGUUGGUGAAAGAAAAAAAGAAAUUAAGAAACUUUGGAAACCAUUGGAUUUGAAACAUUUUUGUGAAUUAUGUUCUAAAAAUGCCGAUCUAAAAAUUGAAGACGAAGAUUUGACAUUAAAGUUUUUGUUGGUUGUUGAAGAUUGGAGUAAUGCAUAUUCAAAAUGGUUGCACUCGAAAUUUUCGUUAAAAGCUGAUAUAGAAAAAUCCGUUUAUGAAAAUCGAAUCAGUACCGAUUCUAUUGACAUGGAAGUCACCAGCAUACCUAGGAAGGAGUUACUUACAAAGGCAUUUUUCAAUAAUUGUUCAUUUAUUGUAUUUGAAUUUGGCUUGUUGAGUACUUCUGAUAUCACUAUUGAGCAAAAGUUGGCUAGAGAUUGUAAGGUAUUGCGAAACAUUUGUAUGUGGACUGAUCGGUACAGCACUUUUAAAACACAUAUUGUUAUUUUGUUUUGGGAUGCUAGUCACUCAAAUAUUAGUAACGAGAAGGUCUCUGUUGAGUUGAAGUUGGAACAGAUUUUGGCUCUUGAAAACGUUGUAGACGUGGUUCUUUGCAACAUGUCUAGUGCAGAUCAUAUUGGUGAUAUUUUAAACCAAGCAGUUUACAAAAUUGCACAGAAUUUCAAUGGGGCUUUGACUACCAAAGGCUAUAGACGUGUAUCAGAAAUACGGCAGCUCAAAAAUGUAAGGAAAACCGAGGAAGCCAACGAAGCCAACGAAGUCAACAAAGUCAACAAAGUCGGGGACACUUUGCCAAAGUUGGAAGAAAGAUCUAUACAACGAAUGGAGAAAAAACUUCUUAAGAAAGCUAAUUAUUUAAAAAAGUUUGAAAGCCAACCUCCCCUUGGGGUUUCCACUUUGAAUAGAAAAGUUAGUGCAAAACGUAAUAUGAAUACAGGCUCAAUAGCAUCAAGAACGUAUGCUUCGAUAUUAGCUCAAAGGGCAAACCGCACCGGUAUGAGUGCAUCGAGCGUUAACUCAACCUUUAUCAAUACUUCGCAUUUUGCAGCAGCUAACAAUUCCGAUCUAAAUGGCUUUGGAAGAGGUGUAGUUGAAGAAAGCACACCUGUUAGUUCGCCACGAAAAGAUGAUUACAGUAACAUCAACGAUGCUUCUGAAAACUUUAAAAGCAAUAAACCAUUUCUUCUUAGUAAUCAAGGUGAAACAGAGUCAUUUACAGAAGCCGAUGUUUCAACUACAUCCGUCAAUGAAAGAGUGGAGAAAUUGCGAGCACUUAUUUUCAAUGUGAAAAAUAAGUACCAGAAAUCCUCUUUGUCACAAGGUGCCAGUAAAUAA